AUGGGCUGUGUGUUCUGCAAGAAGCUGGAGACGGAAUCCAAGCAGGAUGCCAGCCUGGAAGGGGACUUCAGGGACUAUGGGGCUGCCUACCGCUAUGGCCCUGACCCUACUCAGGCCCGGCCUGUGUCCUCCUUUACCCAUACCGCCAACAGCUUCUCUCAGUCUACCGGCCCCACAUUCCUUGAUGGGGGCACCCUCAGGGAUGUAUCAGGGACUGGGGUGACCCUGUUCAUCGCACUCUUUGACUAUGAGGCCCGGACAGAGGAUGACCUUACCUUCACCAAAGGAGAUAAGUUCCACAUCCUCAACAGCACUGAGGGUGACUGGUGGGAGGCACGAUCCCUCAGCUCUGGAGAGACCGGCUUUAUUCCCAGCAACUAUGUGGCGCCUGUGGACUCCAUCCAGGCUGAAGAGUGGUACUUUGGAAAGAUCGGCAGGAAGGAUGCUGAGAGGCAGCUGCUCACCUCAGGCAAUCCCCAGGGAGCCUUUCUCAUUCGAGAGAGUGAGACCACCAAAGGCGCCUACUCCCUGUCUAUCCUGGAUUGGGAUGAAACCAGGGGCGAACAUGUGAAGCAUUACAAGAUCCGCAAGUUGGACAUGGGUGGCUACUACAUCACCACGCGGGCACAGUUCGACACGGUUCAGGAGUUGGUGCAGCACUACAUGGAGGUGAAUGACGGUCUGUGCUACCUGCUAACGGUCCCCUGCAUCACCAUGAAGCCACAGACGCUGGGUCUGGCCAAGGACGCCUGGGAAAUCAGUCGUGAUUCCAUCGCUCUGGAGCGCCGCCUGGGCACUGGCUGCUUUGGGGACGUGUGGCUUGGCACAUGGAACGGCACCACGAAGGUGGCAGUGAAGACGCUGAAGACGGGCACCAUGGCCCCGAAGGCCUUCCUGGAAGAGGCACAGAUCAUGAAGCUGCUGCGGCAUGACAAGCUGGUGCAGCUGUACGCGGUGGUGUCCGAUGAGCCCAUCUACAUCGUGACCGAGUUCAUGUGCAAAGGUAGCUUGCUGGAUUUCCUCAAGGACCAAGAAGGUCAGAGUUUGAGCCUGCCCCACUUGGUGGACAUGGCAGCCCAGGUAGCAGAGGGCAUGGCCUACAUGGAACUCAUGAACUACAUCCACCGAGACCUGAGGGCUGCCAACAUCCUGGUGGGGGAACGACUGGUGUGCAAGAUCGCAGAUUUCGGACUGGCCCGUCUCAUUGAAGAUGAUGAGUACAAUCCACGACAAGGAGCCAAGUUCCCCAUCAAGUGGACCGCUCCAGAGGCUGCCCUCUUUGGCAGAUUCACCAUUAAGUCGGAUGUAUGGUCUUUUGGGAUCCUGCUCACUGAGCUCAUCAGCAAGGGCCGAGUCCCCUACCCAGGCAUGAAUAACCGAGAAGUAUUGGAACAAGUGGAACAUGGCUAUCAUAUGCCAUGCCCCCAUGGCUGCCCAGAAUCUCUAUACGAGAUCAUGGAACAGACAUGGCGCCUGGAACCCGAGGAGAGGCCGACCUUUGAGUAUCUGCAGUCGUUCCUGGAAGACUACUUCACCUCCACAGAACCCCAGUACCAACCUGGAGAUCAGACAUAGCCUGUCUAGCACCAACCACCUCUCUGAGGGCGUCCUUAAGUCCAGACUCUGGUCUCCAGGCCCCUAGGCUUAGAAUCCUAUUGAGUCUUGACUAGGACUUCAUCAAACAACCUGCUCUCUUUUUUGGGGGGAGGAGGACAUAUUCAGUGGUGCUCGGGCUACUCCCAGUUUUAUACUCAGGGGUUGCUCCUGGCAUGGUCUAGGUACCAUGCAGAACCAGAAGUCAAAUCCAGGAGGCCUCCCAUGCAAAACUUGUGCUCUAGCUCAUUGAACUAUCUCUCCAGCCCAAACUAUUUGUCUCAAAAAUGGACCAAACCAAGACCCAGAGACCCAUCUCUUCUUUAUUUCGACCCAAAGCAUUGUCUGUCUCCUUUCAAUUUGGACCUGUAUAUGCCUCUUGCCUGUCUGAGCCAUAUCCCUCUCCCCUCACAUCAAAAAAAAAAAAA